AUGUCUGACUCGCCUGGCGUCAAAGUAAAUGUGCCCGAAUGGGCCUCCGCGGUGCCCCAGGAUGAAGAGCCUCGCCCCGGCAAGAGGAGUCGAGUUGCUCUAGCCUGUCAAAGAUGUAAAACAAGAAAGCAAAAAUGCAACGGUGCCAAUCCAUGCUCCAAGUGCCAGGCCUUGAAUGUGGCUUGCGAGUAUGUCGUCCCGCAGAAGCCCAUGCCUUUCGGCAAGAAUCAGUACAUCAAGUCGCUAGAAAGACGGGUGGCGGAACUGGAGACAGCCUUGACGAAACUGGGUGUGUCAGAUGUCAACAACGAUCACUGGAAUUCUUUGAGAUCAAGUCCAGCUGGUCAGCUUGCAGAAGCUGCCGGGGAAUCGACGACUAACACGCCAGACACGGAAAAUGACGACCAAGAGCUCGAGUGGCAGGACGGCGUGGACAAUGUCGUGUCUGUCCUACGGAGUCUCUCAAUGGAUGCAAAUGGAACAGGCUAUAUUGGAGGGUCGUCACACGUCACGAUGGGCAAGCUCUUUGGUUUUCUUGGAACACAUGGUGCAUCCGCCCGCAACACCCGUCGAGCAACUGGAAUUACAAGGCCUGCCAAUCAUUCAGAAAACGAGAUCAACACACAACCUAUCGAGUUUGUUGACAUGCAUCAAGAUGUCCCCGAUCGUCUAUUUACAGGUUACUUGAAACAUAUCGCAACUCGAUUUCCAGUCGUCUACUCGCCGUGGAUUCGAGACUUACACGACAAACGACUACUCUUGACCAAUAUUUUUGAACGAACCAUCUUGCAUCUCGUCUAUGCUAGUGCGGGCCGGUUUCUGGAAACAACUGGCGAGCACGGCGCCUUCUUCCCGAAACGCCAUUAUGCAUCUGCAUUGACUACUCUGGGGCUGGUGCUGGACCAUGAUGAUAUACGUUCGGUCUCGACUCUCAUGCUGAUGGCCAUAUACUGCUUGCGCAACCCAGUGGGUCCCGGGGCGUGGACUUAUGCAAGGAUGGCGAUGCUUGUCGCGAUAAACCUGGGGCUACAUCGCAAGACUGCUGCCAUGAGACGGCCUUCGAUCGACACAGAGCUGAGGAAACGAGUCUUUUGGGCAGCGUACGCGUUUGACCGGCAAAUUUCCAUCCCACUCGGCCGGCCUUUUGCAAUUUCCGACAGGGACAUUGACGUGCCGCUUCCGCUUGACAUAGACGAGGCCAUCACCGAGGAGGAAUUGGCCAAUAUACCUGAACUCUCUGCGCAGAUCACAGCACCAAUCACCAGCACUUCCCUCUCCUCGUUCAUCCAAAUCGUGAGGAUUCGGCGGAUGGAAUCCGACAUUCAGCAGUCGAUUUACCGAGUAGACGAAACCCCAGAGACUUCUGAUCAUACUGUUGACGCAUUUCUCAAACGACUCGACCACUGGAAGUCCCUCAUUCCGUUAGACGCGCGCAGAAUGAAGGAUCGAGAGGCGGUGCCCUUUGAUGGAUACGACGUUUACAUGGUUUACUUCUUCAAAUGCAAGAGACUCUUGCUCUAUCCGCAGAUUUCGAAAACGCCCGUCAAUCCACGCUUUCUCAAGGAGUGCGCCACAGCUUGUGCUGGGGUUUGCGGCGCCUACAAACGCCUACAUCAAGCCAUGUCGGUCGGAUAUUCAAUUAUGGCAUUACAAACUGUAUUCAUGGCAGGACUCACCCUGGUCUACUGCAUCUGGAUUUCCCCAGAUGAGAUUUUCGACAUCACCACGUCCAAUGGCAUACAUGACUGUAGUAUUGUUCUCUUUGUGGUAGCGGAGCGUGUGCCAGCUGCCAAGAAAUACCGGAAUGCCUUUGAGGUGAUCCGGCAACGUGUCAUAGACCAAGUCUCGGACGGUUCAUCUCGCCAGCCACGACAGACCAUGUCUGGGCUUGUAGCAGAGCUGGCCCCAUCGAUCCAAUCGUGGGAAGCAAAUCAGCCCUUUGGAGUAGACCACGACAGCUUCGAACAAUUCUCUCAAAUCAUUUCAGAAAUGAGCGGAGGAGUGAUGCAAUCCAUGGACCCAGCCUCUGAGCCCUUUGACAGCAAUACUGGGGACUUCGGCUUCGAUAUGCUCUCCACCCAAAUGACCGUACCGCAUGCUUCCGACCCAGCGGUAUCUCCGGGAACAAUGAGCCCCACGGAGACAUUCGAAGCCGGCCUGUCCAGCUUAGUCGGCCAAAACGGACUUGAUCCAGUGUUUAAUGAAGACCUUUCCCCAUGGUUUUCGGCAACUGCUGGCGAUUCAGCUGCCAAUUGA